UAGUAAUAUUAUUUUUGUAUUCAGUUCAAUUCGUACUGAACUUCUUGCCGGAUUAGGUUCGAAAACACGCGAAGACCGAGAACUUUUUUUUUGUAUAUAGUCAAAACAGUUAAAGAUUUUUUUAAAUUGAUGUUUCAUCGAUGUUUUGCUUUAUUUAAAAGUUUAUUUUACCUUAUAAAAAAAGCAAAACGUCGCUAGUAAAAUCAAAGAAGCUGUAUGCGAUUUUAACUACCACUCUGCUUCCAAAAAAAAAAUUACACGAAAUCACAGUCACUAAACAUUUCUAAUUUUGACUUUUAAUGAAACUUUGUUUCAGAUGUUUCAUAAUGUCAGUUCUGUAAAAAAAAAUCAUUUAAAGUCAUUUUCUUUUUGAAAAUUAACUCCUUAGUAUCAAACUAAAAGGUUUAAAAGGAAUAAUUCCAAACAUCAGAGCUUGAACUGCCUAAUAUGUGACUAGUGGUCUCAAUUUGCCGGAUUUAGGAAACUUUGUUUCUUAAAUCAUUACUCAUUCAUUGAGUUUUAGAAAAUGUACAUAAAACAUUUUUUUCUUCAUUUUAUUACACAAAAACUGACAAAAUUGCAAUGUUUUUGCUUCUUAUUGAAUUGAGGAAAAACAAUUAAUCGUAAGGAAGUGUUUUUAGUGUCCGGUUAGUUUGUUUGAAAUAUUUUAAUAAUUUCAGAAUAUAAAGAAUAAACUGCAUGAGUCGAAAGACACAUUUUCCUCAAGAAAUAGUAUAAAAAGUUUAGUCAAGGAUCCCGGAAUCUCUCUAUAGAAAAAAUAUCAACAAAACAGUAAGUAAAUUAGCAUAAAAUAUUAAGUACUUAAUAUUGUAGUUAUUUUUCAGCUCUUUUAAAAUAUUUUUCAUAGAAAAACUGGUUAGAUAUUCACGCCAAAGAAGGAAAGGAAGAAAAAAAUCAUCUUUAAGCUGUUCUUCACACUUUUAACUUCUUCACAUCAACUCAUUGAUUCGAAAUAAACAAUUUUAAGGAAUUUCUGAUUUUCUUUAUUAUUUUAAGUUUCUCUUAAAUCUUGAAAAAUAAAAUUUUCCAACAAACUCAAAAGUGGAAUUUGUCCUACGACUUAUCCAUGUGUCGACGGAAGUUUUACUGGGUCGGUGAAAUGUCAAAAUUUUGCAAUUCGCAGAAGAAAGAAUAUUUUUCGUUGUGAGUGAAAAAGCGUAAAUUUCACAAUUUCCCGUGACUUUUCCACACUAAAUCCAUGCAAUGAGGAUGAAGUGGCGCCUGAGGAUUCUAACUAUUGUGCUUCUGGUGGAUUUGGGGGCAUGCCUGGACUUUACACAGACUGUUUUUGGUUCCUACGGGACUGAUGGGGUCCCAGCGGCUUUUGGGGACUUCAAUUCGGACGAACUGACGGAUAUGUUUAUGCUGCGUGAUGACUUCCGGACAGUGCAAAUUUUCCUUGGAUCAGACACGGAGCCACUGCUGAAGGAGGGUCCCAAAUGUAGCUUUAAAUCCUUGAAGAUUUCCAAUGUUGUUCCGGGAGAUUUUGAUGGGGAUGCCCUGAUGGAUGUGAUGAUAACGGCUAAGACGGAAGACGGGAAGUUGGGUGUGUAUGUUAAUUGGGGUGGGCAGUCGUAUAUAAAUUGCACGAGUGAAGAGGAGAAAAUCCUGGAAGUUCACGGAGAGCCAAUGGUGCUGGAUUACAAUGAUGACAUGGUGAUGGAUCUCUUUGGGUUGGAACGUUUACCGUCUGGCGUGGAGAAGAGAACCUUCUGGCUGUUCAAGAAGGAUCGUUCUGCACCGGAAGUACGGCAGAUGCCAAUGCUUCACAGUGCCAGCCUCAGAUUGCCCCACUCCCACGCUUUCUUGGAUCUCAACCAUGACUUCACAGCUGAUCUCUUCCUCACGGCUGAAGGGAAUUUUGAAGUGUGGAACGGAACAGAUCUUCACAAUGGCUUCCUCUUCAGUCAUACCAUUGAUCUGCCAACAGGACUCAAUAAGCACGUGGGUCAGGCAAUUUUCUUAGAUGUCGAACUCAAGGGGAACAUAAACGUCGUCCUGCCCAUUUGCUUCGACAGCAAAUGCAGCAAUUCCACCAUUCUCGUGCACAACGGUCACAAAUUCCACGAUCUCGAGAUAAAUUUCAAGGAUCCGGACAACAAACAAUGGGGCUUUGUGGUGCCAGAUGAUGAUCUCUUCACGAAUGCCAUCACCCUUCGUGGGGGUGACUUCAACAUGGACGGCUAUCCGGAUCUUCUGGCUACGCUGCAGCAACAUCCCGGCGGCAUCAUUCAGACCUUCCUCCUUGAGAAUGUUCCAAUGGAUAGGAAACCUAAUCCCCUGUCCAGGACAUUUGUGGUACGUUGGAAGGCUCUCGCACCUUUUGCCAAUGGAACAGUUGCCGGAGCCUUUUACGACUUCUACCAGGAUGGCAUUCUUGAUGUGGUGCUGGUGGAAAAGGCAAAUGGGAAGUACAGAACGAAGGCCUUCCGGAAUUCUCUGGACUACGAUGCGAAUUUCGUCAAGGUUAUCGUUCUCACGGGAUUAAUGAAUAAGGAUGUGCCGACGACAAAGACCCCCCUCGGGAGGACAAAGAAAACUUACGGAACAAAUCUCCCUGGACCACGAAUUGCUUACUAUACAAUAACCCAGGAUGGGUAUCCGCAGUACGGGACGUCUCCGCAAAUCCCCCAAUCAGCAUAUUUUGCCCUGCAUUUGCCCUAUACGAUUUUUGGCUUGGGCAGAACACCGAAUUUCGUUGAUUCCAUCACAGUGGGUUUGGCGAAUCGUUCCCGAACGUGGACACAACUCAUCCCAAAUUCACAGGUGAUUGUUAUCCCGUGGCCCAUUAAGGAGCCAUGGCGCUGGAAGGCGCAACUCUUUGUGACGCCGAGUAAAUUAAUUCUCAUGAGUAUGGUGGCUCUCGGGGGGACGUGUAUUGUUAUCAUGCUCAUCAUCCUGGGGCUGUACAUCAAGGAGAAGCGUGAGGAUAAAUUGGAGAAACUUCAGGAAGCACACAGAUUUCACUUUGAUGCAAUGUAGGUCUUGGCGCAUUGUUGAUUCUUUUUUUUUUCCUUUUUAAAUGUGAUGCUAAAACAACCCCUCAUCCCCUCUAUAAUAAUUUUUGCCCUUUUAUGUAUGUAUAAAUAUUUAAUCAAAAUGAAAAAAAUCGUAAAAUAUAUAGAUUUAUUUAUAGAAAAACAAUAAAAA